AUGGCCAGUUGCUGCACGUGCGCUGGCGCUGGGGGCAGCAGCGCAGCCAAUGCCGCCCUACCCUUGAUCUGCUUGGUGCCGCGUGAAGACUCGCGCGGCUCUCCUUCAGCCGGCCAAAAACCCCGCCCCGCCUCAGCAGGAACACCUUCGUCUGAUUUCCAGCUACUCGAUGAAGACUAUAUCAAGAAGCAUUUUAAGCUACCGCAAAGAGCUCUUUACUUGGACCCCUUCCGGCGUCCACUUAUCACUUUUCCUAUGACGCAAGAGGAUGUGAAGCAUUUCAACUUGGCAAGGAAAUAUAAGAUUAACCAGCAAAUCCUUGACGGAUUCUUGGAUCCAAGUGAAGCUAUUUCAGCCCCUAGUGUCUUCCCAUAUGCCAAGUCGGAAUCAGAGAAGAGGAAAGAGGCUGAAGAAGAAGAAGAAAUCAUUUAUAUUCUUCAAUUACCCGAUUGGGAGUUCAAAUGUCCUGUUCAUAAUCAAACUAUUAAGACGCCAAGGUUUAUUUGGCAUUCUUGUAAGAAGACUGCAAAAGGGAAAGAGGCGGGACCAAAACGUGGUGGCGGACCACUUAAUAAGCCCAAACCUUGGCUUCUUAGCAGACACACAGAUUUUGAUCUUUUAUCACAGUGACCUUUACAAAGAUCUGGUUUUGAAGCCUUAGAGAUAUCCGCACCUAUUUUAGUGCAGAUGAAUCCAAAUGGUAAAUGGGAGAAUACAAAACCAGGUAACCUAGAUGAGGAACGAUUAAAAGCUAUUGUGCAGCAUUUAGUCAAGUCAAAAGCUUUAUCCGCUGCACAGAGCUAUUGUUGCCAGUGUGCUUCUGAGAGUCAGAAUGAAAGUGGAAACCCCAAUUACAUUCCAGUUAUAAUGAUGCCAAUAUAUUCAGCAGAUGACUGCCCAUUUGAUUUAGAUUGUGAAGUCAAAAAGAUGAAGGAAACCGAAAAAAAACCCGCAAAAAAAGAUACGGGUAGACCAUUAGAAGAAUCAGAUAAGGAUAAAGACAAGAAAAAAAGCAAGAAGCGAACAGCUGCGGUUCUCCCAGAACAGGUUGCUAUAAGAAUGGAACCCUCCUGCUCAUAUGCUAAUGGUGACGUAAUACUUAAGAAGAAUAAAAUUUUAUUUGAGAAUAACGUAGAUAAGAAGACUGAAGAAAAUGACAUUAAGGCCAUGGGCAAAACAAAUAACUGUAAUGACAAUCACAUCGACGACUUAGAGAGACAGGACUUUGAAGAAGAAAAACGGGUUCGAAAGCACUGUUCUAGUAUGGUAGUAGAUGAAGAAGAGCCAGACCAAGCCACCAGACACUUACCUGAAGCCAGCGAGAAGAUAUCUAGUAAUCCAGAAACACUUAAAAAGUUCUCCCAUUUCAUGUCAGAUGACUUUAGCAUUCCGGGUUGCAGUAAAGCAGAGAAUAAAAUUAUUAGCAUCACAAUUAAAGAAAUGAUUAAUAAUCGAGCAGGCUUAUUCACCCAAGGGAGUUCAAUGAGUACGGGGGACUUUAUGCAAAAGUUAAUUAGUCAUGGUAAGCAGGAGAAGAAAGAGUUGCCAAAGGGAAAGCUGUAUAAGGGGGAUUUGGAAGAAAACGAAAGUGAUCCCAAUAUGGAAGUCGAUGCUGUCAAUGGAUCAAGUGGUAGAUCUAACUCAAACGCAUCUAGUAUAGCGAGCACGAGUCCUGCUAGUAAGGGAUUCACUGUGCCUUCAACGUCGAAUGCUGAGAAACUUCUGGGUCUAGAUGAUAGCUCUAAGAACGCAGACAGAACGUCCAAGUCAAUGGGUUAUCAGUACUGCGAUGGCCAAGAAGAGUCUGAUGAUGAGGUAACAGAAGAGGCCUGGUGCACUUGUAUUUCAUCCCCUGAGGACAAUGAAGAAGAUGAAGAGUCUGAGCCAGAGGAGAGACUGUGGCGAAAAAGAUAUUUCGAGUCACCGCCGCGGCAGUCUGCGAAGAGGCUAUGUCCUGACGGCAGCUUGGCCCCAUCUAGCGGAGAUUGGACUAACGGAAAAACUAGUAUCCAAGUGACCGAAGUAGCCCAGGGCCCACCUGAAAUUAAUCAGUGGCUUAACAGAUUCCAGACAUGGUCGAACCAUGAGAAGAUUGAAGCCAUAGAUGCUUUGAUUGGGCGCUGCGCCGCUGGCCAAGUCCGUCACAUGAUGAAUGUCAUUGAGCCAUUGUUUCAACGAGACUUCAUAUCCCUUCUACCGAAAGAGCUGGCUCUUACUGUUCUUGGAUAUCUUACUCCUAAAGAUUUGCUUCGGGCCGCACAGACUUGCCGCUAUUGGAGAUUCCUCGCCGAUGAUAACCUGCUGUGGAAGGAGCAGUGCCGACGUAUAGGCCUGACGACGUUGAAGAAGAAGGACCACACCUUGCCGCGGUGCGCCAGCCCCUGGAAGGCGGCUUACAUCCGUCAGUCCCAAAUUCAAAACAACUGGCUCCACAAGUCCGUCGACAACCCAACAAUAAUGCGAGGACACGAAGAACACGUCAUUACGUGUCUUCAGUUCUACGGCGAUAGGAUACUGAGUGGCAGUGAUGACACCACUUUGAAGAUCUGGUCUGCAAUAACAGGAAGGUGUCUCCGUACAUUAGUUGGGCAUACUGGUGGCGUUUGGUCUUCGCAAAUGAUAGGCGAUAUCGUGAUCAGUGGCUCGACGGAUCGCACUCUGCGCAUAUGGAACGCCAAGACCGCGAUGUGCUUAAACGUGUUGUCGGGACACACCUCUACAGUGCGAUGCAUGCAUAUGCACAAAAAUCGUGUGGUCUCUGGCUCCCGUGAUGCAACUCUACGAAUCUGGUCAAUCCCUGAUGGCCGCUGCUUGCGUGUGCUUGUAGGACACUUGGCUGCCGUCCGCUGCGUGCAGUAUGACGGGAAGGUGGUUGUGUCCGGCGCGUACGAUUACUUCGUCAAAGUAUGGAAUCCGAUUACUGGCGAGUGUAUACACACGUUGGCUGGACACACGAACCGGGUCUAUAGCUUGCAGUUCGAUGGUGUACACGUAGUGAGUGGCUCUUUAGACACUUCGAUUCGCGUCUGGGACGUGGAAACUGGCCAACUCAAGCAUACGUUAACCGGUCACCAGUCGUUGACCUCAGGAAUGGAGUUGCAUUCCAACAUUCUUGUCUCGGGUAACGCCGAUUCAACCGUCAAAGUUUGGGAUAUUACCACGGGACGCUGCUUGCACACUCUUUCUGGGCCGUAUAAGCAUCAGUCGGCGGUGACUUGUCUUCAGUCCUGCAACCAGUUCGUAAUUACAUCGUCCGACGACGGCACCGUAAAGUUAUGGGACCUUCGUACCGGAGAAUUUAUCAGGAAUCUGGUGGAGCUGGGUUCAGGUGGUUCUGGUGGUGUGGUCUGGCGUAUCAAGGCUUCCGCGACGAAAUUGAUCUGCGCCGUGGGUUCUCGCAACGGCACCGAGGAGACGAAACUCCUGGUUCUGGACUUUAACGUCCCCGGUGCUUGUAGGAGAUGCGAUGAAUAG